AUGUUUUCUCCUCGGCAGACAGAUUUUCAGAUAUGCGCAAUGGCGCACCAGCUGUGUUUACAGCGGCUCGCUGUGUUGCCUGAGGCAGUCAAGAGCAUCUCGUGCUUGGAAACGGGCGAUGUGGUUUUAUCUUCAAAGUCCAAUGUUUGGGUUUUUCCUUCCCAUGUUUGCAGCCAAGCUGCACUUCCACAGAUUGAAUGUGAGGCUACUUGCAUCCUGGCUUUGGGCUCUCAAACCAUUGCAGCGGGUGAUCAUGCAGGUCGAGUCAAAGUUUGGCACUUGCGACGCCAAACUUUGAAGGAGGUGAGGAACAUCCAUGUCCAUUUUUCUGCUAUUCGGGCCAUCAGCAGUGGUGGAGACAUUCUACUUACUGCAUCUGAUGAUGGGUCAGUGAAGCAACUUGACGUUUUGUCCAACUUUGUGCCUUCGGACUUCUUCACAACAGGAGUCCCUGCAACAAGUGUCCUCGCCCGUGGCAAGAACGUACUUGUGGGUUGUGAGGAUGGUAUAGUGUGGGAGCUCUCCCGUCGCCUAAACCACCCAACAGUAUUGCGGCGUCUAGAGUUAGGUGCUCCAGUUUUAUCCCUCGAUGCCGAUGCAGAAUUUCCAGGUGCUCGAGUGCUUGCGGCCGGUCAUGGAAGAUUUGCAGUAUGGCUUGACCUUGCGCAUGACGUAGAAGAGGUGCAACCGCCCACCCUCAGUGGCAAGUGUGGGCCAGAUGCUGUGGUGAAACUGCUUCCUGGACGGCCGCAGGACUUGUUGGUCAUCAGUGGCAGUGAUCCCCUGGAUGGUGCCUCCAUCCGCCGGCAUGCAUCUUUCGACGUGCUCAAAAGUGUCCAGACUUGCAGAGCACUUGCUCGUGAUCCUCGAUCCAACCUUUCCUUCUACUUUGUUGCUGAAGUCCUGCAGGGUGCAAACCGACAAAUGGAACUCUUCAGGAUUCUUCCAUCUGAGGUACCUUCCAAGUGUGCUAUACAGGACCUGCCUUUGCAGGAUGAACCUGACAAGGAGCUGGCAAGAGCCUCGCCAGAGGAUGAAUUCUCUUCUUUGAACGUGCCCUCCUCUCCCAAAGAUGGGGAGGAUGAUGAUGAAGCGGAAAGGAGCACUGCCGGUGGCCCCUCCAGAUCAAGAUCGCACAGGCGAGUGAAGGCGUUCCGUGAUCCGACGCAAGCGUCACUAGCGAAGAUAACAACUGAGCCACUAGGUCCAUGACAAGCUUGAUGCAAAACACCAGAGCAGGAAGAAGAAAAAAG